CCAGCCACGAGCAUCUUGCACCCGCUAGUGCCCGUCCAAGCGCCGCUCAACACGAGAGCUGGAGGCUAUUCGACUGCCCAGACCACCAGCGGCAAUGUCUCCACGACUGUCGAGACCUUCCCGCAGUACGGAGAGGACUCGCUGCCCGGACGCCUCUUUCGUCUCGAGAACACCGCGCUCCUGGCUCAGCCUGACAACAAGCACCAAGACUCAGUGCUGGUCAUGGUGGUGCUGCGAGACGCCCAGUCGUGGGGGGACGGCCGCAGCGCCGAGGACUUUUUCCAGCUCCUGGACAGCUUCGACUACCCCAAGGGCAAAAUCUCCGUCACGCUGCUCGUGUCGUCCAUGAGCGAGUUUUUGCUCAUGAAGACGCACUUCCAGCGGCAAAUCCAGCAAUACGCCCGACUGUCCGUGAUCUUCCGCAACGAUUUCUCGCCCCGCCACGUCGUCACGCGCGAGAACCGACACGAGGACCACCUGCAAGUCAAUCGCCGACGGAUCAUCGCCAGGUACCGUAACUUUGCAGUGCUCUCGACGAUGGAGCCGUGGCACCAGCACGUGCUGUGGCUCGACGCAGACGUCCACAAGAUCCCAAGCGGACUGCUCAAGAAGAUCGUUGACUCCGGCCUCGACAUCGUGGAGCCCAUGUGCGUCCGGAUGAAGGCGAACGGCAAAGACUGGUACGAGUACGACCUCAACGCCUGGGUGGGCAGUCGCAAGGUGCGGCGGUCGAGUCGCGACUCGAGCUUUGUGCCGGGGGAUCUGAACGUGAAGCGGAUGAAGCAGUUCCACGGCGGAAAAGAUACUUUCGUGCCGCUGGACUCGGUGGGUGGCACGAUGCUGUACGUGAAUGUGGACGUCCACCGCCAAGGGGUUCUCUUUCCUGUUCACCACCUCAUCGGCAGCGAGUGGAGCAGCGAGGGCUACGACGGCAUCGAGACGGAGGGACUGUGCUACGUUGCGCACUUCUUGGGCUUCAAGUGCUGGGGGAUGCCCAACGACCUCAUCUACCAC